GUUUUAUAAUUUGAUUUUGUUGCCACGUAUUCGAGAUGACAUUGACGGAUUAAAAAAAUUACAUUUCCAUAUGUACCAAUGCUUAUUUAAAGCUUUGUUCAAACCAGCUGCGUUUUUUAAAGGAAUCCUUUUGCCGCUUUGCAAGUCGAAUAAUUUUUCUCUUCGAGAAGCUGUUGUCCUUGCUUCAAUGCUUCGAAAAGCCUCCAUCCCUCAAUUACACGCAGCCGCAGCAUUGUUGAGUAUUUCUUCUUUGGAAUAUACUUCUUCAAGGGCCUAUAUCCUUCAAGCAUUGAUAGAAAAGAAUUAUGCAUUGCCUUUAAGAGUUUUGGAUGGAAUUGUUUCUCAUUUUCUUAGAAUGAAAAAUAAUAAAGAAAUAAAUUUGACAGUCAGUUGGCAUUCUUGUCUUAUUUCUUUUGUUCAACACUAUUCAAAUACUUUAAAUAAUGAACAAAGGAAUGAACUUAUUGGACUUGUAAAGAUUCAUUCUCAUCACAAAAUUACUCUAGAAAUAUUAAAAAUAUUGAGAAAUAAUGAAUCAGAAAGUGGAGAAAAGAAAAUUGUUCCCGACUUUGGAGAAGAUGAAUUGGAAGAUGAAAUGGAUAUUUAA